AUGGCCGACGUGCGAGCUCUGCUGCGCCAGCAGCGACAGUCCCGCCGCAUCGACCACCCGCACGCCGCCUACUCCGACGGGGGCAAGCUGCUGUGCACCCUCUGCCGCGAGCAGAUACGAGCCGAGAGCCAGUGGGAGUCGCACACCAAGAGCACAAACCACCGUCGACGGCAGGCUGUCGUCACCUCCACAACCGAGCCGGGUCCGUCAGAGGCCGCCGCCGCCGCCGCGGAUGGGGGGCAACACAAGGGGCGCACAGCAGCCGCGCAAACACAUAACCCAGAGGAGGGGGGGGCCGUGGUGGUGGAAGGCGAGCAGCAGCAGCGGCACGAGGAGAAGGUCGUCGAUGCUGCUGCUAUCAUGGACACGACACGGACGACGCAUCCUCACAAGCGAAAAAUUAGCGAGGACGACGACGACGCAAUGGAUCUAGACGAGGCCGUUCGGAGAAAGCGCAGCCGCGGCGACAUCUCCAUCGACGUCUCCGCGGCCAACCACCGCCGGACAACAGACAGCAGCAACAGCAAGGACGCGGAGCCCUCCUCCUCCUCGACCAACGUCCCGACGACCGCCCGCCGCGAACCCAACCGCACGCCGCCCACGCUGGCGCGACGCAUGUCCUCGACGCCCUCCCGCGGCGUCGAGCUGCAGAUCCCCUCGCGGCCCGCCACGCCCGCCGCCCACCGCGACUCGUCCUCGUCCUCCACGCCUGGCCUCUCCUCCUCCGCCGCCGCCGCUACCGCAACCUCUACCACCGCCACCAACGGGCGCACCACCACCACCACCGAAAAACUCCCCCCCGCCGCUGCCCAGGUCGACGAGGACGAGUGGGCCGCGUUCGAGGCGGAAAUGGCCGUCGCUGCUGCCCCCUACGCCGACGACGCCGUCAUCUCCGCUCCCGCGAUGACUGCCGAAGAAUCCGCCGCUGCCGCCGCCGCCGCCGCCGCCGCCGAUGGUGACGGUGGUGACGGUGGUGGUCCGCGCAAGAGCCGCGCCGACCUGGACAUCGAGGGUGAGCGCGAGGACGCGGCGCGCGCGCGCGAGGAGGAGCUCGACGACAUGCGGCAGCUGGAAGAGCGCGUGAGGCGGCUCAAGGAGAAGCGGGAGGAGCUGCGCAGGCGGGCGUCGAGCGUGAGCCAGCAGGGCAACGGCAACGCCCCGGCGAGGUUGCAGAGUCAGCUGCCGGACGGGGACGGCAUGGCCGUCGUCACAGAGGAUGAGGCCAAGGGCGGCGCUGAAGAAGAAGAAGAAGAAGAAGAAGAAGACGACGACGGCGACAACGACAACGAUGAGGAGGAUGACGAUGACGACGAUGAUGACUGGAAUGGCUUUAGGUUCCGCAAAUAA